AUGAUGGUCAAAGUGGAGUACAAGAUAUGCAGCAACGAGUCCGAACUGUACUUCUUGGCUAUGAACUUCCGUCAGAACCUCCGUGUCGACCGCGACACCAUGGUCUUCACAACGCUGCAAAAAAUGUUCUCAGUGCUGAACUGCAAGACCAGGCUUGAAAAAACACAUGGCCCCCUGGGACUCUUUCCUGAAGAGUUAGUUGAAUCUUCUGCGACCCGCGCCUGUGACCUCAAGCUUUACUUGCCUUUAGGAACUGAGACCUUCCUUGCUCAGUACACGCCGCACUUCCGAGCAGCGAACGACGAGGAAAAAGUCUCCGACUCUUUCGUCGACACAGCGGUUACGCUCGGAAAGAGGGUCUUUUCGGACGAUCGCCUGCUGAACCUACUUCUGAAGGCAGACGAAGAACCCGGCAACCCGUUCGAUUCCUGGACGAAGCUGCAAACCAUAGUUUCCAAGUCCCGCACGCAAUCCAACUUGAGUUGGGUGAUGUUCGCAGUCUUCGAUGGAUUCAAGAACAAGCAUCUCCCCGCAGAGAUGUUGACCUACCGAGCCUUCGAUAAGCUGCUGAAUGGAAAGGGCACUGUUGAUGUCCUUCUUGGGUUGCUUAUCCUCCGAGACCAUCUCUUCACUGAGGUCGCCCAGUGGCUUGACAUCGGUUAA